AUGGACAUUAAAGUAGGGUCGACGAUAAUUGAAGAAAGCACAGAUAAUAGCGGUAUAACCUCAAAUACCGAGGACAAUCAACACGAAAUUAUUGAAGAAACCACAAUAAGUGCACAACUUCGUGAAGAGUCUCCUCCCAGUAUAAUAAGCAACACGACUCAACAGCUCUCUGAAUUACCUAUAAUAUCGACCAACUUAAAUAUAACUGCCGCGUCAAAAAUCACCUCGGACGUCGUUGUUCCGACGUCUACCAUUGGAAGUAAUGUCGCAGCACACCAUAAGACAGAUUCACGUCACCAGCAGAGCAGCACUGAAGCUUUUGUUAACGAUAAUGUUCCUUUGAGAACAAACUCUGAUAUAGAUACCAUGAAACUUGCCAACCGGCGGCCACGUGAACCUCGUAGAUCUGCACCUGUCCCAUUCAGACCAACUACUGAAUUUGAUUUUCAAAAAAAACCGCGACCAAUUUCUAUUUCAAAUAUUAUUUUACCGAAUUCAGUGAAGGGAACUGGUUCUUCCAUUGCUCCAAAUUCUGAACAAGAAUUUCAUACAAAGAUUUUAAAUUGGCCAACACAAAAUUAUGAUGAUAAAUUGCAAUCACAAAAAAAUCUUGUUGGUUUGAAUACAAGGGACAAUUUAGUAGAUGAUGGCGAGAUAAUAUUUGAUACAACGCCAUGGGAUCAAACAGGCGACAUUCUUCAACCUUCCUCCUCCUUAGCUCAACAGUCUAUUUUCUACAUUCCUCAGGGUCGCUUUUCAAUGACCGCGGCAAUGCACCAAGUGACAAAUCCGUCACGAGCACCCGAGGUACCUCCACUCCUUCCAAUAAAAUAUGGUACUGAAAUAUUUGACCAAAUCAAAUCAGAUGAUGAUCCAAGACUUAUAGUCUGGUCAAUAUCAAGAGCUGAAGAGAGAAAACAAGGAUCAAUCAUCUCCUCAAUAACGAAUGUUUCUUCUUCAAAAAGAUGGAGUAUUCAUGGAACAUUAGGGAGAGCGGGUAAAACGAUAUGUGGUGCUGGGUCAAAAGACAAAAAGGAUUAUAGGUUUGAACAGAAACCAUCAGGCAAUAGAAAAUCUAACUCAACGACGGAGAAGGUGAUAAUGGCUGCAACAAUUGAAAAAUUGAUCGAGAAAUUGACAAGUGGAAUUGACUAUACUUUCUUGACGGAUUUUUUUCUUACAUAUCGGACAUUUAUAACUCCAUUACAAUUAUGUAAUCUACUUAUCUUGAGAUUUGAUUGGGCAUUGGAGGACGACAACGAACAAAGAAGGGUAGUAAGGGUCAGAACCUUUGUGACACUACGACAUUGGCUUCUUAAUUAUUUUGCGUAUGAUUUCGUUCCAUGUCGUGCAUUGAGAUCUAAGCUUGUAUCUUAUCUAAAUUAUUUACCUUCACAUCCUCUGGUUCAACAUUCGCCUCAUGAUCAACGAAUAGUAUAUGGUUUAAAAAGGGUAAUUAGAAGAUUAAAAAGAAUAUAUUAUCGGAAAGGUAUUAUGGGAAUUUUAAAAAGUGGAACCGGUAGAAAGAGUAUCAAGGAAUUAAAAGAAAUGGUGGAAUCGACAAAUAAAGAACAACAUCAACAUUCUGAACAUUAUUUGGAUGCUGAUGUGAUAUCAGUUGAACAUAGUGGUACCGCUGUGGAUAGUUCCUUACCAUCCAAGGAUAAAUCGAAAAGGACGAUAAUGCGCGGUUCAACGUCUACAUUAGGUUCAAUAUUAACUCCGGGAACAACUGAUUCCGAGGGUGAAGAAUUUGAUGCACUAGGUCAUCAUUUUUCUUCUCGUUCAAGAAUUUCACGACCCGCAGUAUCCCGUCAAAGUUUCGAGUUCUCAAGUAGUAAUUCCCAGCAUAGUGAUGAUGAUUAUUCUUUGAAACAUACAUACGAAAAUCCGAUCUCUAUUUUUUAUAAUGAGAAAUGGACAAAGUCUUUACCCACAUUAACGAGCGAAAUUGCUAGUAAUUGGGAACAAGACGUUGCAGGUGUGGGACAUAAAAACAUUGAAGUCGUCCCUGAAUUAGAUCUUCCUAUAAAACAAGAAGAAAAAAUUGUGAAUGUUAAAAAAAAGUUACGAAGCAGUUCUAUGAAUGACUUAUCUCAACAAAGAAAGUUACAAGCGGAAUAUAAUACUUGGGAAAAUAAUUUAAGAAAUGAUGACGUAAUAAUGGAGGAAGAGGAGCCACCACCCCUUCCGCCAAGGAGACCUAGGAGACAUACUUUUACUACAACUCAACCGAUACCAACCGUUCAAACUCCACCUUCAUUCUUUAAAGGUGGAUUUUUAAACUUUCCAACAAGAAAGCCAAAGAAAGUUGUUUCUCAAGAAACCAUUAGUGAAAAUUUUCAAGAUCGUACUCGUAAGAAAAGAAGUUUAUCACUUUCUGAAGCAAUUUGUGGAAUUGUUGAAAAUGAUGACGACGAAGAAGAUGACGAGUAUGAUUUGUCUCAGAUUGAUCAUGCAGGAGGAGUUGCUAGAAGAAAUUCUUCCCCUGCAUAUAUUGGAUCAGCUUCACUUCGUUCUGAUCAACAACAGGAGAAAGAUGAAACAUCAAGGCGUAAAAUAAGUGGUCGACCAUCAUGGCCGCAAAAAAUGUCUGCAACCAUGGGUAAAUUUGCUAAAGUUUUAUUUAGUGAAAAGAACAAAAUACCUGGUACUUCAGGAAGUAUUCCGGGUAGGACAGGUGUAAUUAAAAUGUUUUGUGCUAACCCUACUGAUGCUGAUACUAUUGAUGGUUCAGAUGAUUCUGUACCAAUUGAAAAUUUUAAUAAUUUUACUGAAGAGGAUUUUCCUAUUCAUGUGGACGGAUUUUCUUAUGUGAAUGAGUCUAUUGAAGAAGAAUUCUUUGAUACACACCAAGAAGUAGAAAUGGAGGAAGAAAUGAGUUUUGAUGAAACAUUACCAACUGAAUCAUAUCUUCCUCCGACACCAUCUACUUCAGUUCAAGAACAGGAAUCAAGCGAGAACGACAAGAAUUUGGAAGGACUAGAAAAUCGUCAAAAUACUAGAUCUACACGUCGUAAUCUUAAAAUGUGGAGUUUAGUUCCAGUGAUAGAAGUAGAUGACGAUGAGGACACAUACAUUUCAAAAAUGUCUCCACCUGAUGCUUCAUUAGUUUCAGAAUUAAGAAAGGAGGAAGAAGAAAUGGCCACAUCAUCUGAAAUCAAGAAAAUUGAAGAUCCUCAAUCCGCACGUAGACGUCGUCGACUUGCAAAAGUUUAUGAAUUAGAAGAAGAGGGUGGUGUUGAAACAAAUUUUGUUGGAUCAUUACCACCAGAACCGUCCGGAGAUGAAAUGGACCUUGAUAUUGAGGAGGAAGAGGGGGAACAUGACCCUUCCUCCCAUAGACUUAGACGACUUCCUAAAGUACGUGAUUUACGAUCUGUUGUCACACUCAAAGAUAUCGAAGAAAAAUCUGAACCCUCAUCAGUGGUUGAAACUCAUGGAGAAAAAGGAAAAUCAAAAGAAGUUGAACGAGAAUCCUUAAAGGGAAAAGAUAAAUCAAUUAUAAAACCUUCGUCUUCAAGGGCAAUCUCCAAGAGUAGUAAUGUUACUCCGGGGUCACCUAGAAAAAGCUCGGAAUCUUCAGUAAAACAUAUUAUAAUCACCGAACCUUCCUCCAAAAAGCUUACAGGUCAACAUGAUAUCACUACUGAACCUAGUAGCAGCAGUAGCCAGGCUCCAAUAAAGAACCUUUUUUAUACAAGAACUUCUUUAGAUAAACCUUUACCGCCACUUCCUUUUUCAGAUGAUCAAUCAAGAAAACCUCCUUCAAUAUCUUCAACAUUAAACUCUCAGUCACCAUAUAGGUCUUUCAUAUUAAACUAUCGAUCAGAAGUUAUCGCAAAACAAUUUUGUUUAAUUGAACGUGAUCUUUUAUUGAAGGUUCAUUGGGAAGACUUGAUUCAAGUUGGUUACACGAGUACCGAUAAAGAUACGGAAAGUGCUCAAGAACUUGAAGAUGAAAAGAAAAAAAAGGAUGUUAAAGGAAAGGGUAAAGCAAAAGAAGUUGAUGAGGAGCAAGAAAACAAUGAAUUUAUUAAAGGGGAACCAAGGAAAAGAGUUCGGGAAAAUGGUGUUGAUAAAGUAAUUGAAAGAUUUAAUUUGUCAUGUGAUUGGGUCGCAACUGAAAUCGUACUUACUAGAUCUUUGGAAGAUCGAAUACGAGUAAUUGAAAAAUUUAUACGAAUUGCGCAGAAAUGUCUUCAAUUAUCAAAUUUUGCUACAUUAACACAAAUUCUUCUUGGAUUACAAUCUUCGCCCGUAGAAAGAUUGAGGAGAACAUGGACGAGGAUUAGAAAAGAAGAUUUACGUCUACUUAAAGAGCUAAAUGAGUAUAUUUCAACUUUCGGUAAUUGGAAGGUAAUCAGAGAAGCUAUGAGAAAAUCUAUCGAUGAUUCUACUAUUUUAAAAGCAUUAGUCAAACAAGGAAAAAGACGCGGCUCCGAUGUUCGUAAAAUUAAUUCUGGAUGUAUUCCAUUUUUAGGAUUAUAUCUACAAGAUUUAGUUUUCAAUGCAGCAGUACCAUCGUUUAUUGAUCCACCAUCACAACCUCCAACUCCAUCAUCGCCGUCAUUUAAUUUACCAUCAUCACCUUUAUACCAUCAACAGCCGCUUAUUAAUUUUCAUAAACACCGUACAACAGCCACAAUAAUUAAAAGGAUAUUAACAUUUCAGAAUUUAUCAAGAGAAUAUAGUUUUUACGUUGACAGAAAUAUUUAUGACAAAUGUUUUGGAUUAAAAGGGUUCGAAGCCAAAAAACUAGUUGUAAUGGAUUUAGAUGUUGAUGAUUUUGUUUAA